AUGUCUUCCGCGACGACAUUCUACGACUUUGAGCCCGUCGACAAGAAGGGCUCCCCCUUCCCCCUCAACUCCCUCAAGGGCAAGGUCGUCCUCGUCGUCAACACCGCCUCCAAGUGCGGCUUCACGCCGCAGUUCAAGGGCCUCGAGAGCCUGUACCAGUCCAUCAAGCAGAAGCACCCGGACGACUUCACCAUCCUCGGCUUCCCCUGCAACCAGUUCGGCAGCCAGGACCCCGGCUCCAACGACCAGAUCCAGGAGUUCUGCCAACUGAACUACGGCGUCACGUUCCCCGUGCUGGGCAAGCUGGACGUGAACGGUGAGAACGCGGCCCCCGUCUUCACCUGGCUGAAGGAGUCGCAGCCCGGUCUGCUGGGCCUGAAGCGCGUCAAGUGGAACUUUGAGAAGUUCCUCGUCUCCGCCGACGGAAAGGUCGUCGGCCGCUGGGCCAGCACCACCAAGCCCGAGUCGCUCGAGGCUACUAUCUUGGAGGAGAUUGAGAAGGCCAAGAAGAACGGCACCCUGGCUUCGGCGCAGUCCAAGGAGGACUCAGCCGCGUACUAUGUCUAA